AUGGAGCAGUUGUUAUUGUGCAAUGAGGUAGAAAACGAAAAAAAUGAACCAUUGUUCCUUACAUUAGUGAGAAAAGAAGCUUAUAAAACUAUAAAAGAUUUAACUGCUCCAAAAGUCUCAAGUACCAGAACUUAUUCACAGUUGAAAUCCAGUACCAAGUUUGCUGAGAAAUUAAAAAGUUUAUCUAAAGACUGUAGUUUUGGCGAAUUUCUGGAUGAAGCUCUUCACGAUAAAUUCGUCUGUGGGCUAAAAGCUGAUAAUAUCAGAAAACGAUUGUUAGCCGAAGACAAUUUGACAUACCCUAAAGUAUUGCAAAUAGCUGUAGCAAUAGAAGUAGCAGGUCAAGCUAGGUUAGUAGGAGGAGAUGUAAACAAAGUGUGUAACAUAAAUUUUUUAAGUAAAAAGUCGAGUAAGUUUGAUAAAUACCCAAAUCAAAGUAAUGUCAAGCCUGAUAAUAGAGAGGAGCGUUGGUCUUGUCCCAAAUGUGCAAGUAGACAUAACCCUGCAAAUUGUCCUUCGAAAAAUUGA